AUGUACAACUCAACCGAUGACGAAUUAUUGAAAAUCGACGAUUGUAUUGAUACGUGGUCUACUAGAAUGACCAGCGCAAGCGAUUUUCAACGUUUAUACAAUGCUCUUUCUAAUAAUCAAACGAAAAUUUCGAAUAAUGUUACGGAUCUUGAAAGACUCGUUCAAAAAUUUGGUACACCAGAAGAUAGUGAACCAUUACGGGAACGCUACCAUCGUCUUCAAAAUGAAACCAAAGUUUUAAUGCAGCAAACAAAUAGUGCACUUCAAGAACUCAAUAACACUCGAGUACUAACUGAAGCUGAUCAGAGACGGAAAAAAACUUUAACUGAAAAUUUACCAAAACAAUAUUUAUCAACAUUAAAUCGUUUUCAAGAAGCACAACGUAUAGGUGCACGAAAAGAAAAAGAAAGUCUUGAUCGUGCACGAGCUAUUUCAUUCCGUCAACAAGGCAUCUCGGAUUCACCAUUCGCUGAUGAUUUUGUAUCAGCACCUACGCAAGAUCAACUUCAAAAACAAGUUGUUUUACCUAUGGAACAAGAAGUUGAUAUGAGAUCAUUACGAGAACGCGAUGAGCAGUUACGGGAACUUGAGACCAACAUUGUUGAAGUCAAUGAACUGUUUAAAGAUGUGGCUAAACUUGUCCAUGAACAAGGCACUGUUAUUGACUCGAUUCAAAACCACGUUGAAGUAACUGCUGAACAAACGCAACAGGCUACUCGAAGUCUUGUACAAGCUGAGCGAACUCAGAGUUCUGCACGACGUAAAAAGAUCAUAUUGGUUUCUGUUUUACUUAUUGUUAUUGCUAUUAUUAUUCUUGUUUUGGUUCUCACAUUGAAAAAGUGA